GACUUGCCACUUGCCGCUGGCUUGUGACUGACUAUAAAAUGGCUCGGCAAAGUGUCGAAGCUUUUCAAUUGUUCGUCCACAGCCGGAACGGUGACACCUGUUGAGUGCCGAGAAAAGCAGGAUAAACGCGUGUCUCCCCACGCCACGUCCACGUCACCGAUUUGUUACAAUAAAUAAAUGAGAGUGUAUUGCUGUUGUUGCUAGUGCGUUGUGAUUUUGUUCGUGCAACAAUUACGGUUUAUUGAAUUUUCAGUCAACAUAUGGCGACAAUCAGUAACGCUAUGAAAACCAAUUAACAUGCGCGACAGCAAUUAAUGUGCGUAUAUACAUACAUAUAUAUAUAUGGAAAUUACUGUGAAAGUGUGUGGCUUUGAAAUCAGCAUAUCAUUAAUAUAGAAAAGUGUUAUCAAAAUUAAAUUGCUUUCCAAUUAAAUCGGGUACAAAACUAAAAUGAUUGAAACACGAUCUGCCGAAGUGGCCGACGAUCACACGAGUGUUGCACGCACAGCAUCGGUGCUGAAUGCAGCAGGUGGGGAGCGACGCUCAUCGACGCCGAAAUUCGGAAAUACAAAUCGUUGUAUAAUUGCUGUUAUCGUCUAUUUGGCGUUACUACUGGAUAAUGUGCUGCUAACUGUGAUUGUACCCAUAUUGCCCGAUUAUCUGGCGACUAUAAAUAACCGGGCACAUCACACUCCAUUGGAGAUGCUCAACAAUAACAACAAUUACACAAGCGAUGCUGUGAAUGCUGGCAUUGCCAGUCCUUUCAUGGCACCACCCAGUUUGGCACAUCGAUAUAUGGAUGUUGCGCAUCAACCCGUACAAACCGUUAUGACGAAACAUCCGAUACCCGGCAAAUCGAUGGUGAAUUUUACGCUGCCGCACGGCGAUGAUAAAGCGACAUUUUUGUCCACUGAACACAAGCAAUUGCGCUAUAUAAACGCAGGUGCAGGGGGUGGUACAUUGACAAAAGGCGCAAUCAGCGGAAAUACCACAGUCGCCGGUGAUAGAGCCGUUGAAAAAGUGAUUGACGAAUCGAAUUUUAAUGAGGAUGCGACACGUAUUGCCAAUGCCGCACCGCUAACCACUGCUGCAACUGCUGACAGCGGUACGGACGCCGACGGAGACGCGAAGGCGCACACAGACCAAAAUGAAAGUUUGACCAGCGAAAAUAGCGCCAUCGGCAUAUUGUUGUCCAUGAAGGCGCUGGUGCAGUUAAUAUUCAAUCCGAUCGUCGGCAAUCUGACUUCAAAAUUCGGUUACCGUUUGCCAAUUGUGGCUGGCACAUUUCUGCUGCUUCUCUCCUCGCUGGUGUUCUCGGUGGGUGAGACAUACAUAGAGCUUUUGAUUGCGCGCGCAAUUCAAGGCGUUGGUUCGGCAUGUAUUGGCGUGUGCGGAAUGAGUUUGGUGGCUCAGCACUAUCCGGAAGAAGAGCGUCGUUCAAAAGUGAUGGGCAUCAUUUUGGGUAGCAUUGCUUUGGGUGUGUUGUUGGGAUAUCCUUUCGGUAGCAUACUCUAUGAUUUGAUCGGAAAGUCAGCGCCAUUUAUUAUACUAUCUACGGUGAUAUUUUUGAAUUUAGGAAUGCAGCUCCUAACUAUGGAUCUCUCCAUUCAACCCGAGGUCACAAUUGCCACUGAUGAACAGCUACCAAAAUGGCGUCCUUUGCUCGAAAGUAAAAUGAUACUUGCCAUAGUUGUGGCCAUAUGGUUUUCCACUUCAACUAUGGCUAUAUUGGAGCCAUGCUUACCGAUUUGGUUAAUGCAACAUAUACACCCCACCAAAUGGCAACUGGGUACAGUGUUCAUACCGGAUUCGGUGGGAUAUUUUAUUGGUACGAAUUUCUUCGGCACAUUCGCUUAUAAAUAUGGACAAGUGAAAAUCUCAUGCAUAGCGCUGUUGUUAGUGGGAAUUUCAUCAAUUUUGAUCCCUAGCGCCACAACGGUCAGUCAACUACUGUUGCCACACUUCGGUUUAGGGCUUAGUAUCGGUGUAAUAGAUGCUGCAUUGGUGCCGCUAUUGGCCACUUUUGUUGAUGCAACCUUAGCGCAGGAGGAACAAGGCGACAGUGGUGGCGGCAAUUCCAUGUCAAGUUAUGGUACAGUCUAUGCCAUUCAACAGACUUCUGUCAGUCUAGCUUACUGUCUGGCUCCUUUGCUGGGCGGUGAGUUGGCACAAACUUUUGGUUUCGCUUGGCUGAUGCGUAUUGUCGGCUUCUUCAAUAUAUGUUACGGCCCAGUUUUGGUAUUUCUACAUCAAAAUUAUAAUCCCAAGACUAUACGUGAAAAGCAUAACGAGCUGUUGCUCAGAAACAGCGGACGGGACUCACAAUACAAACAGCUUUACAAUUCGAUCGACAUUGAGUAAAAAUACAGCACUGGAUCACAUGCAUUAGAUAUCCAUUAAUAUUUACAUAAUUUAAUUAGAAAACAUUGUAAAUAUAUGAAUAAC